GUGGUUGCCGCUGGGUGAGGUGGCGCGCGAACGGUGACCGGCGACCGCCACUGCCGCGAGAGUGACGCUCGUCCGUAGAGUGCCUCAAGGCGGGCCGAGGGCCGCGGCGUUGGCACGCUACAGGAGAAGUGGGCAGGCGGCGGACCGCGGCAUGCGGCCUCGCCGCUGGUGUUGGCUGCUCCUGCUGCUGCUGCCGACCGCCACUGCCGCCGCCUCCGCCGCUGCCGCCGCCACGUUCGACAUACGUGACUGCGACACUCCCCUGGGACUGGAGUCUGGAGCCAUCCCGGACUCGGCUCUCUCUGCCAGCUCCAGCUACGUUGGAAGCGUCGGGCCGCGCUAUGGCAGGUUGCGCAGCGAGCGCGGCGGCGGCGCGUGGUGCCCCAAGUCGCAGGUGUCGCGCGGGGUGCGCGAGUGGCUGUCGGUGGCGCUGGCCGGCGUGCACGUGGUGACGGCGGUGCACACGCAGGGCCGCUACGACCACGCGCGCGGCCAGGAGUAUGCCGAGGAGUACUCCGUCGAAUACUGGCGGCCCGGCCUGCGCGACUGGAGGACCUACCGCCGCUGGGACGGCAAGCAGAUCCUGAGCGGAAACAGCGACACAGCCACGGUCGUGACGCACCGCCUGCUGCCCGCCAUCUUCGCCAGCCAGCUGCGGGUGUUGCCCUACAGCGUCCACCGCAGGACCGUCUGCCUGCGAAUGGAGGUCUCUGGUUGCCCCGCCACGGGAGGCGUCGUGUCCUACUCGAUCCCGGAGGACACGGUGGCGGUGUCGCAGGAGCUGUCGGACGCCACGUACGAUGGGGAGCACCGCGGCGGCAUGCUGGUGGCCGGGCUCGGCCGCCUCGUGGACGGGCAGCUGGGCGCCGACAACUUCCGCAUCGACGUCGGAUACGGCAGAGGUAACGGCUGGGUGGGCUGGACCAACGACUCCUACCCGAAUGGUUUCGUGGAGCUCCUUUUCGAGUUCGACCAGGUCCGCAACUUCAGCGCCGUUCAUAUCUUUACCAACAACUUUUUCAGGAAGGAUGUUCAGGUGUUCGGCCGCGCUCUUGUGUCGUUCAGCAUCGGCGGCUCCGAGUUCCCGGGGCGGCCGCUCAGCUUCACGUACAUGCCGGACCUGGCGCUGGAGAACGCGCGCACCGUCACCAUCCGGCUCCACAGCCGCGUCGGCCGCUUCGUCAGGCUGCGACUCUUCUUCGCCGCCCGCUGGAUCAUGAUCAGCGAGGUCUCUUUCGAAUCUGUUCCAGUGUUCGGAAAUUUCACUGAGGAACUCGAUAUCGAUUACGGUGACGAGGAAAUUGUUUUGGAUUCCAGAGAGGUUGUGGAGCCAGUCAGCAACAUAGAAACAAUCGCGGUGACAGCCGAGGUGGACGUCGGCGAAGGAGGCCACGUGGAGGUGGUGAUCGGCGUGCUGACGGCGGUGAUGCUGCUGCUGCUCGUCGUCUUCGUGGUGAUCCUGGCCCUCAGCAGGAGGCACAAGAUGCAGGCCGGCUCCUCCCCCACGCUGCUCAGGAACCCCUUCAGCGGAGUCACCCUCAACAUGAAGGACUUGCUGCUGAGCCUGACGCCGGUGGCGAGCAGCGCUGUGCUGCCGCGAGACGCGCAGCACAGCCCCGACGUGCCGUCCGUCACACCGGACACCUCCAGCCGCAGCCGCUACUCCACGUUGCGCUCGCACGCCGCGCCGCUGCUGCCCCCGCCGCCGCCUGAGGAGGACGCGUCCGAGGCCAGCACGGGCGCUGCAUCAGCGGGGGCGGGCCGUCAGUUCCACAGCCUGCAGCCGCCCCAGCAGCGCACCGCCACCACUGGCCGCGGGCGAACCUCCCCCCGGCCACCUGCCUCUACGGCACCCGCAGCCACUGUUGACCGCCGCCGCUGCCACACUGCCCCCAGGGAAAACAGGAGGGCGCCGCCGGCGGUGACGUGGAACAUCGCGCCCAGCAUGGGCCGCCCCUACAAGUGCCGGGAGGCGGAGCUCACAGACAUCCCGCGCCGCUGCCUCAGGGUCGUCGAGAAGGUCGGCUCCUGCCACGCCGGAGAGGUGUUCCUGUGCGAGACGGAGGGCCUGCAGGAGGUGGUGCCGGACUGCGGGCGCACAGUGGCUGUGAGGACGUUGCGCGCCGACGGCAGUGGCAGCGGCGGCGGCGCUCCCGGCGCCUCUAGCGGCGACGCUCUGCGCGAGCUGCGGCUGCUGGCGGCGCUCAGCGACGCCCACGUGGCGCGCGUGCUCGGCGUCUGCGUGUCGCCCGACCAGCCCGCCUGCUGGGCCGUCGUGCAGUACCCGGAGCUGGGCGAUCUCGCGCUCUACCUCCAGUACCACGCCGCCACCAGGCCGCCGCUCAGCUAUGGCUGCCUCAUGUACAUGGCGACGCAGGUGGCCGCGGGGAUGAAGUACCUCGAGUCGAGAAAUCUCGUUCACAAGGACCUGGCGGCCAGGAACUGCCUGCUGGGCCCCGGCUACGCUGUGAAGGUGGCGGACCUGGCGAUGAGCAGCGACCUCUACAAGCGGGACUACUGCGACAUCGGCGGCCGGCCAGCGGCGCCCAUCCGUUGGCUGCCCUGGGAGAGCAUCCUGCUGGAUCGCUACACGCCAGCGAGCAGCGUGUGGUCUUUCGGUGUGACGCUCUGGGAGAUCCUGAGUCUGGCUGGUGAGCGGCCCUUCCAGCACCUGUCCAACGAGGAGGUCAUCCAGAAUGCCGAACAUAUGUACUACGGCGGGGAGCUACAGGUUCUGCUGCCGAAGCCAAACUUGUGUCCUGCGGAAAUCUACGAUCUGAUGUGCGAUUGCUGGAAGAGGGAUGAGGACAUUCGGCCCACAUUCAAGGAACUGCACGCCUUCUUAAGACUGAAGAAUGCUGGGUACAGACCUGGAGAGUGAUGGCCCAUUUCCGUCGAUUACUGACUGCUGGUAGCUGACACUUUGUUCAGCCAUUAUGUCUAUGGCUGCCUUAGUUUGAUUUGAAGCUCUUCAUGACGUUUGAUUGAUAUGAAACCAAGCGUUCAAAAGUUCUCCGAUCCCAGGAAAUUAUUUCUGCAUUCAGCAAAUUGCGCCGUUACACGAACAGAACUGAAAAUGUCGCAUUCUACCCCUCGUCUAAUGCCAAAAUGAAAAGGUGAUGUUAUGCUACAGAUUUUGCGAGGCGAUAGAGCAAUUCAUGUGAUGGAAGUUCUAAAAAUUGAAUAACAUUAUAGUCUUAGGCAUACGGGUGUGAAGAGUGCUCUGUUUUCUGUUUGAGUAAUAGACAUUAGAUUAAAUUUUUAGAUCGAUUUGUAUGUUGUGGCAGAGGCUCCGAUGUGUAACAUAUCCCUAUCAAUCCUAUAAUUCACAAGUGACAAAGUCGUUGUUUACCACAGUUCACGUUUGUGGAUAGUGCUUCCAGAUAUCUGAAUAAGUGACGUGUGCGUUACGACAUUCAACGACCGUGCUGUUCAGAUAAAGACGUAUUUUGUGUGUUAUUUUGGUAAAUGCAAUGUUACAAACUUUCUGAAAAUAAUCCAGGCGAAUAAAUACACCCAGAAGUACCCCGGAACAAGUAUACAGAAUAACGUAAAAUCAUCAACGCUUUUAAUAUAGUGAAUCAUACCUAUAGCACCCCACGUAAUGAGUAGCAACGAAUAUAAAUGAUUUUGCAACUCAGUGGAUACCAUUGUACAUACAGUUGAUUGCAGAGUAGUGCUGUACAAAAUUUUGCGGGACAAUCAGAGGCUUCUUUAACCUAAUCCUUCACUCUGUACCUUCUCCUUCUACCUCAUUUCGCCGAAGUGAUCUUGUGAUAGUGCUAAUUCUAAAGCUGACAAGUAGAGCAAGAAUUUCUUCCGCUGAGAUAACCUAUUUAUCCUCUAAUAACCUCACAAAUUUUUAUGAAGAUUUUUCUAAUACGUCUCGUCUUAUUUUUGUAACUGUACUUGGCGUAAUUUACUAAAUCACGUCUUCUGACGUGUGUAUCCAAUGUUACUUACUUCAAUCGGCUAUUUUGGACAUAAUACAGAAAUAUGUGGUUCCUCAAGCAAAAGGAAAUGCCAAAGGUACUAUUUCCUACGCACGUAGCUUCCCUUACGCUUUCACGAUGGGUUAUUAAAAUAAACAGUUAAGAACUGGGCAUUAAUGCAUAGCCUAGAUAACCAAAUAACACUCUCUACGGAUGUCGAAGGAAUUUAAAACUACUGAGCAUGUUGAAUCAGUAUUUACUUUUGUAGAUGGCUUACGCAGUUUCACUGAUUGUAUCAUCUUUGUUGAAACAAUGUCAAAUGCUGACUUCUCACUUCGCGAAUCGUUUUCCACUACUUUCUUUCCACAGUCUGACGAAAAACUUUCUACAAAAAAGCAGUCUCGUUGUCUCGAAGUAACUCUACUUUAAAAACGUUUAAUGUGUAAUGUGAAGUGUAUUUCAAUUCAGUGUGUCGAUUCAAUGAUUUUAAACGUUUUUAAAUAUAUUUCCUCACAAGUAGUGCCAAGCAUGUACUUUAUGUUACUGCACGUCGAUUGUCAUCAGUGUAAACUAAAAUUUGUUUCUACGAACAAGUUGUUGUUGUGAAGUGUUGAAGACUGCACGUAAACCACAGUAACAACGACAUCAGUAGGUGUGUGAGCUACACGGAGUUAUGAGCUCUAGUUAAAACUAAAUAAUCAGCAUAUGAGGAAAUGAAAGUUUCUUUACGGAAACUUAAGCCAGAAUUCUAGAUUAUCUUUUCUUAACAUAGAUUUUUAUAAAUGAAACUACGUGAGUUAGACAAGUAUUUAUUGUAAGCAGUAUUAAUGAAAGUUGUUACCAUCAAAGUCUUAUUGAUCAGCAAGUAAAAUUUUAAUUUACAAAUUUAGUUGAAAGUUGAUCAGCAGUAGCAGAAAUUAUUUAUCACUGCACUAAUGUUCUGCUUAUUUUUGUAUCCCUAAUGUGUGCUUGAUAUAAAAUAGAGUCCUUGUAGCAAAAUGGUGUAGUGCAAGGAGUCAGUAGGUUAGCGAGCAUGUAACAGAAGUCUGUCUGUUGGAAGUUGUAUUGUGAUAUUUUCUAUCGUGAAACCUGUGAACACAUGUCAGAAUUGUGCAGACU